UUUUUUGACUACUGAAGGAUGGCAUCUAACAGGAGUCCAGUGAAUCUGGCCUGCGUUUUGAUGUUUUUGCUUUUUGGAAUGCAGUUGUCAUACGGCGAUGUGAGCUAUUCUUUCCCGGAGGAAAUUAAACCUGGAUCAGUGAUUGGAAACAUAGCCAAGGACCUGGGGCUUCAAGUAAGCAGACUUGGACCUCGUAGGGCUCGACUUUUUCUUGGAGGAAAUCAAAUGCGUUAUUGUGAAAUUAAAGCUGAUACAGGACAGCUGGUGGUUGCUGAUCGGAUUGACCGAGAGGAGCUGUGCGGAACGAAGGUUUCGUGUAUUUUAAAAUCUGAAUUAAUACUUGAAGACCCACUCGAAUCGCACCUCAUAUCUUUGCAAAUUCAGGAUGUGAAUGACAAUUCCCCCGAUUUUGUUAAGGACACGUUCAAACUGGAAAUAAGCGAAUCUGCGUCCAAAGGUUCUCGCUAUAGAAUAAAUGCUGCACGUGAUGCAGACAUCGGACAAAACGCUGUCCAGAACUAUAUUUUACAGAAAAACGAUUAUUUUACUCUGAAUAUACUGACAAAUUCAGUUGGUACAAAAUACAGUGAGUUAGUUUUAAAUAAAGAAUUGGAUCGCGAAGACAAGGGAGAGGUUUCUUUGCUACUUACAGCCGUCGAUGGUGGGAAUCCUCAAAGAUCAGGUACUGCAGUCAUACAAAUAGCUGUACUUGAUGCCAAUGAUAAUGCCCCAGUGUUCACUCAGGCUGUCUACGAGGCAUCGCUGCCUGAAAAUUCUCCUUUGGACACCGUGGUAGUUACUGUGAGUGCCACUGAUGCAGAUGAAGGGGAGAAUGGUAAAGUAACAUAUGAAUUCAGUGGAAUAAGUGACGAUGCAAGAAAGAUAUUCGCUUUAAACGAGGAUACUGGAGAAAUUAUGAUAGCUAGAAAUGUUGACUAUGAAGCUAAAUCAAAAUUCGAAAUACUUAUUGAGGGAAAGGAUGGCUAUGGCCUUUCCACCGAGACUAAAGUGGUUAUAGAUGUAACUGACGUAAAUGACAAUCCCCCUGUUAUACACAUUAAUUCGUUAACAAACCCCAUCCCUGAGAGCGUGUCACCUGGUACAGAGGUGGGCAUUAUUCAUGUGCAGGAUGCAGACUCGGGGAAUAAUCGACAGGUCCAUUGCUCUAUUCAUCACGGUAUUCCUUUUAAGUUGAUUCAAUCGAUUAAAAAUUAUUACUCUCUAGUGACCACAGGACACUUGGACCGUGAACUAGUCUCUGAUUACAACAUAACAAUCACUGCCACUGACGAGGGCUCUCCACCUCUGUCCUCCUCUAAAACUGUUCAGUUAUCUGUAGCCGACAUCAACGACAACCCACCUGUUUUUGGGGAACAGUCCUACAGCGCAUAUGUGACAGAAAAUAAUAAACCUGGUUCCACUUUAUGUUCCAUUACUGCUCAAGACCCUGACUGGAGACAGAACGGUACUGUGAUUUACUCUCUGUUACCUGGUGAGGUGAAUGGAGCCCCGGCGUCCUCCUAUCUGUCUGUUAACGGAGACACGGGGGUGAUCCACGCUAUGAGAUCGUUUGAUUAUGAACAGUUCAGGAGCUUUAAAGUCCAAGUGAUGGCCAGAGACAACGGUUCUCCUCCACUCAGCAGUAACGUGACCGUCAAUGUUUUCAUAUCUGAUGUGAAUGACAACUCUCCUCAGAUAUUGUACCCCACCACGGAGGGCAGCUCAUUUAUGACCGAGCUGGUCCCAAAAGCUGCACACGGAGGCUCUCUGGUGUCCAAAGUGAUAGCAGUGGACGCAGACUCCGGACAGAACGCCUGGCUGUCAUAUCACAUAGUAAAAUCCACUGAUCCUGGACUCUUCAGUAUUGGUCUCCACAGCGGAGAGAUCAGGACACAGCGGGACAUUUCAGAAUCUGACAACAUGAAACAGAACCUUAUUGUGGCAGUGAAAGAUAACGGACAGCCCUCUCUGUCUGCCACCUGUUCUAUGUAUUUACUUAUUUCUGACAACUUGGCUGAGGUGCCAGAACUGAAGGACAUCUCUUUUAAUGAGAAGAAUUCCAAACUGACCUCUUACUUGAUAAUCGCGCUGGUGUCUGUAUCCACAUUUUUUCUGACCUUCAUCAUCAUCAUCCUGGGUGUGAGGUUUUGUCGCAGGAGAAAACCCAGACUGUUGUUUGAUGGAGCAGUUGCCAUCCCCAGCGCUUAUCUUCCUCCUAACUACGCAGAUGUUGACGGCACAGGAACUUUACGCAGCACUUACAAUUAUGACGCCUACCUGACAACAGGAUCUAGAACCAGUGAUUUUAAGUUUGUUUCAUCUUAUAAUGACACCACGCUGCCUGCUGACCAGACCCUGAAGAAAAGCCCAUCAGAUUUUGCUGAUACAUUUGGAGAACUGGACGAGUGUACACAGGUAUGA